AUGGAUGGCAAUGUCCAAGGAUUUCCACCGGUGGUAUCAUCCCAGUCAAGUGGAAGUGGCUGCAGUUCCCUGUUUUUUAGCAAACAGAGUCAAGUCCAUAUUGUUGAUUCGAUGGAUCCUGAGCGGAAGAACCGAGUUGAUGUGGCUAUCGAAAGAUUUUUCUGGAAUGAACACAUUCCAUUUGUCAAGGCUUGGUCACCUUACUUCCUCAACAUGAUACAGGAAGUUGCCAGGCAUGGUGUGCCUUAUGCACCACCAAAAUAUGAUGAUCUCCGGGAUAAGCUUUUGGUGAAAGAGAAACGAUUCAUUGACAUUGAGAUGGCGUCCUUGAGGAAGCAGUGGGAGCAGAGGGGUGCAACCAUAUGCGCAGAUGGGUGGGCAGAUAGGAGGAAUCGGCAUAUCAUGGGGCUUGUGGCAUAUAGUCAAGGACGAGGAGCUUUUUUGAAGGCUAUCGACAUUUCCUUAACAGGAAAAACAGCUGAAAAUACUCUGCGCUGCUGGGAAGAAGGCAUUAACAUUGUAGGUGCAGAGAACGUUGUCAUGGUUGUAACCGAUGGGGAAAAUGCAAACAGAGCAGCAGCAGCACUUUUGCAACAGAGGUACCCAAAAAUUCAAUGGGCAGCAUGUUUUGCCCAUUGCUUGAACAAUGCCUUGAAAGACUUCGGUGUACUUCCAUGGAUGGCAACACUUCUGGAGCGUGGAAAGUCUUUGGUGAUCUUCGUUAGAAACCACUCUCAUAUAGUGGCACUGUUGGCGGUGUUUACUCACAAGCGAUUACUGCGUUAUUGUGAUACCAGGUUCGGCUACAACUUCAUUAUGAUGGAGAGGCUGGUGGAGCUCCGAGAAGCUUUACAACAGAUGUUCGUAUGCCCUGCGUACAGAGCAAGGCCUGAGUCGAAGUCGAGAGCAGGAAGGGACAGUUAUGCAACGGUUUUUGAUGACAGUUUCUGGCAACAGGUUAAGGACAUGCUAGAGGUGUCCAAGGAUGUUAUGCUGCUUCUUCGUGUUGUGGACUGUGAUAUACCUGCGAUUGGAAAGAUAUAUGAGUGCAUGAACAGGUUGGAUGCAAGUUUAGAGGAAGGACAGUCGGAUUAUGGCAGGUACAGGGAACUUCAUCAGAUCAUGUCUAAUAGGUGGCAUGAGUAUCACUCGCUCAUGCACUCGGUGGCGUACAUGUUGGACCCCGAGUUUCAGGAGUAUGAAAAGCAUGCUAACAGAGAGGUCAUGAAGGACUGGAAUGCUUAUCUGCUGGCCAUGUUUACAUCCAGUGAGAGGGAUGUGAUACGUGAUGAGCUUUUAACUUACCGGAGGAUAGGAGGCAUUUUCAACUCAUAUGAUGCUAAGGCUGAUCGCACUAAGAGGGGAGCUGUACGUUGGUUGUUAACCUACAAAAAUGAUCGUGAUUACGACAAGUUUGUAAGCUACAAAGUCCUGGAGACAGUUCCUCAUCCUGAAGACGAGCUUGAGUCAGGACAGGAAGAGGAAGAUGGAGAUGAUGUCAAAGAUCGUGAGGUCGAAGAUCAUGAGGUUGAAGAUGACGAUGAGAUGCAGGAUAUUUGA